AUGUCCGGUCUGAGAAGUGCCAAGCACUUUAUCAAUGAUGUUCAGAAUCCUGUUCAAGUUUCGCUGACGGCCGCCGCCCGAGGCGCUGAUGGACUACGAGUACUAUCGAAGGAACAAGGGCAUGAGCCAGCUCACACCGGCUACGUGGGCGAGGGCAUGCUCGAUGUUGUAGUUGCCGGCAAUAUCUUCGCAUCGCCUUCUGCAUCUCAGAUUUUGGCAGGUGUCAAAUCAGUUGACGCAUGCCGAGGGAUUCUUAUGAUCGUCAAGAAUUACACAGGCGACAAAUUGAAUUUCGGGUUAGCCGCCAUAAAAGCCAGAGCUCUAGGACUGAACGUGGAAGUCGUCAUGGUUGGAGAUGAUGUGUCAGUUGCCAAUAACCCAACAGUAGGCAGACGAGGUCUUGCAGGUGUGGUUUUCGUACAUAAGAUCGCUGGUGCCUUGGCCGCAAAGGGCGCUGAUCUAUCAUCCGUUGCGACUAUUGCAAACAAGACGGCAAAUCAAAUGGCAACUGCAGCUGUGAGUUUAGAUAGAUGCAGUGUACCGAAACGUGCGCCGAUUGAACUGUUACCGCCUGAUGAAGUGGAAUUUGGAAUGGGUAUACAUAACGAGCCCGGCGUAACUCGAUCAAAGCUCCAAUCGCUCGAAGUAACCGUCACAACUCUUUUGAAUACUAUACUCGCCCCGAAACCAGAUAGCUGGCAUCCUACCAUGGAGCAACCCGUUGCAGUCAUGGUGAAUAAUCUGGGUGGUCUUAGUCCUCUGGAAAUUAGCAUCAUUGCAGAAGAGGUACAUCAGCAACUGGAAAUGAGGUCUAUAAUCGUCAAAAGAUUUAUGUUCGGGACGUUUGUUACUGCUCUCGAUGGUCCUGGAUUUUCGGUUACGCUUUUGGGGCUUGACGAUGAGCUCCUAUCGCUAUUGGAUGCACCCACCACGGCGCCGGGCUGGCCCAAGUCAAUAUUAACAGUGCCUGCAGACGUUGUGACAGCAGUUAUUGAGCAAUCUAGUACUGAAGUCACACCAAUUCUAUCACAUACAGGACCGAAAGUUGCCAAAACAAUUAUUCAAAAAAUCUUUGAUAAUGUUGCCAGCACAACCCGAGAGGAUGAACCUCUGAUUACUGAGUACGAUACUCUGGCCGGAGAUGGUGACUGCGGAGAGACUCUGCUGAACGGCGUGAAUGGUAACUUGCCUCAAAUUCUCAGUGAUUUAUCUUUUCUUACACAGCCUGCAGGCCUUGUCGAGCUUUCCGACGAUCUCCAGACCGACUCUAUCGAUUUGGCUCACAUGUUCCGACAAAUCGCCAUUGUAGCCGAAACCAAAAUGGGCGGUACUUCAGGCGCCAUCUAUGCUAUAUUCACCAACGCGGUUGCUGAAGCCCUAGAGAGCAUCGAUUUAGACGCAAACUCGAACAAACAAUCUAUCAGUGAGAUCAUAUCCAUAACCCUCAGCAAGGGGUUGGAGGAUCUUUUCAAGUUCACGACGGCACGAGAAGGUCACAGGACAUUGAUGGACACACUCAUACCUUUUGUGACGACAUUUAGCAAUACGGGACAAGAUUUUGAUGCCGCCUUUGAGGCAGCAAGACAAGGUUGUGAGAAGACUAAGGUGAUGGAAGCUCUCUUGGGAAGGGCUAGUUAUGUUGGAAAAGGUCGUUUUGAGGAGAAUGGGGGGAUACCGGAUCCUGGCGCGCUGGGUGUUUUGAGUAUUCUUAGGGGUAUCAAGUUGGCUUUGGAAAAUGUCGUGAAAGGCUGA